AUGCCAAUAUUUUUCAUACCCUUGAUCGCCCCAUCAGCACCAGCUGUGCAUCAUCAUCAUAUCACAACCAACGUGAAUCGAGCCUCUCCGGAUUGGCCGGUUUACAUUCCUUUCCAAGCAGCUCCAAAACGACAAGCUAACACCAUUGCUGGUCCAGCUCCGAAACGAGCAAAGGUGACGGCAUCAAUAGCAUCUACAUUGAAAGGGACCACCUCAAAACCGAAGGGGACCACCUCAAAACCGAAGGGGACCACCUCAAAACCGAAGGGGACCACCUCAACACCGAAGGAGACCACCUCGAAACCGAAGGGGACCACCUCAAAACCGAAGGGGACCACCUCAAAACCGAAGGGGACCACCUCAAAACCGAAGGGGACUCCCUCAAAAUCGAAGGGGACCACCUCAAAACCGAAGGGGACCACCUCAAAACCGAAGGGGACCACCUCAAAACCGAAGAGGACCACCUCAACACCGAAGGAGACCACCUCGAAACCGAAGGGGACCACCUCAAAACCGAAGGGGACCACCUCAAAACCGAAGGGGACCACCUCAAAACCGAAGGGGACUCCCUCAAAAUCGAAGGGGACCACCUCAAAACCGAAGGGGACCACCUCAAAACCGAAGGGGACCACCUCAAAACCGAAGAGGACCACCUCAACACCGAAGGAGACCACCUCGAAACCGAAGGGGACCACCUCAAAACCGAAGGGGACCACCUCAAAACCGAAGGGGACCACCUCAAAACCGAAGGGGACUCCCUCAAAAUCGAAGGGGACCACCUCAAAACCGAAGGGGACCACCUCAAAACCGAAGGGGACCACCUCAAAACCGAAGAGGACCACCUCAACACCGAAGGAGACCACCUCGAAACCGAAGGGGACCACCUCAAAACCGAAGGGGACCACCUCAAAACCGAAGGGGACCACCUCAAAACCGAAGGGGACUCCCUCAAAAUCGAAGGGGACCACCUCAAAACCGAAGGGGACUCCCUCAAAAUCGAAGGGGACCACCUCAAAACCGAAGGGGACCACCUCAAAACCGAAGCGGACCACCUCAAAACCGAAGGGGACCACCUCAAAACCGAAGAAAACUGCUUCUCGACAGGCGCGACCUCAGAAAAAGUCAAAAAGAUAA